UUUAGUUAAAAAAUGACAAGUUAAAAUCACAAGACUCAAUUAGAUAAAACUUUAAUAGAUUUAUUGAUUUAAAUAGCAAUAAUAUUAUGUUAAAUAUAAAAUAUGCUAUACCUAUUUAAUCGAUUAAAAAAGUACUUUCAUUCAUCGUAAUUGCAAGUGAGGACCAAGUCAUAAAACCUUCAACAUACAAAUAUAUCAACAGUUUUCUAAAAUUAAAAGUGUACGUUCAAGUAAAAUUAAUAUAAUGUCACUCGUGGCGUAUGCAGACAGUGAUUGUGAUUCAGAUGAUGACAAUGGCGAAGAAAUAAAGCCAUCACUUAAUGUUGAAAAAGUAGUGACUAAUAAAAUUGGUAGUAAACCAUUUUUAUCGUUGCCUGAACCUAAGUCUUUUGAAAAUGUGAAAACGAUAGAUGAUUAUGAUUCAGUUGUUAAAGAAAAACCAGUAGUACAUACAAAACUGAUGGUCAAUAGCUUUCAAGAAAAAAAAGAAAUUCCAUUAUUUCCUACAUUACCUAAACCUAAAACUGGAGGAAAAGUCAAAAUAAUGGUUUCUUCAUUAAAUGAAUUUUAUGAUGAAGAUGACGAUUAUCAACCAAAAUGCAAAAUUAUGAAACCUUCAAAUAGUGGAUGCGGCUUAUUCUCCAUGUUGCCCGAUCCCAAAAAUAAAAAAACAAGCAAAGCUUCAACAACUAUAUCAAUGGUUCCUAGGGCAACAAUGCGUACAAUUAAAAACAAUCAAGAAACUCUUAAACCCAAAACAACUGAAAUUAAGUGUUUUGAAACUAAACCAAUUGAAGUUGAAGAUGGAGCUGAUGAUGAUGAUGAUCAAGAAGAUGGUGAUUUCUUAGGAUUAAACAAAAUAAAUGAAGUGCUUGAUGUAGCACCAAUUGCUGGAUUUGAUUUGCCUGAAAUACAAACAAAUACAACUAUAAUUGAAGACGAUGACAGAGUUUAUGGACCAGUGUAUUGUUCUGAACCUAGUGAAUCUGACCUUUAUGAAGAAGAUGAAACUAAACUAAUUCUUGACUCAAAUGCUUUGAAACAACUUAGUGAUCCUGGGAAGACUCAGAUAAAACAAGUUGAAGUAAUAAAUGUGGAUAUGCGUCAAGUUUUGGAAGAGUCUCAACAAUGGUUGCAGAAGAAUAUGACAGAGGAAUAUGCAGAAAGUAAAAAUGUCAGUAGUGAUAUCAAUAUAAGUGGACAAUCAAAACGUAAACACCAGAUAACAUAUUUAGCUCAACAGGCUAAAGCCAAUGAGUUGAAACUUAAAAACAUGUGGGCUGAAAAUAGAAUGACCAGAAAGCAAACACAAGCUAAAUAUGGAUUUUAAUUGCUGAAAAAAAAAGAGUAACAAACAUAAAUAAUUUAAGACUUAACAUUAACAUACAUGGUUAGAGGAUAAAUCCAAUAGUAUCACUCUGCAAGCUAUUUUAUAAUUAAAUUUCCUGAAAUGUAGCAAGAAUAUUUCAUUUUUAUAACA